AUGGUCAAGACCCUUCCCUUCGGCAGCAUCCAGGUCCCAAUACCGGGUUUCGGUGCCAUGGGUCUGAGCCACGGUCUGGGUUCCAACCUGAGCCUCGAGGAGGCCGAGCCUGUCCUGCUCAAGGCUAUUGAGCUUGGUUGCACAUUCUGGGAUACCGCCGUUGUCUACCAGGCCGGUGUUAACGAGAAGCUCCUCGGCGACUUCAUUCGCAAGCACAAUGUCCGCGACAAAGUCUUCAUUGCCUCCAAAUGUGGUCUUGACGUCUUCGGAGCUGGUUUCCAAGUCACCAACUCCGCCGCCCAUAUCAAGGAGUACAUUGAUGGGACUAUCGAGCGAUUGGGCUUUGCUCCCGAUCUCUACUAUCUGCACCGCAUUGACCCCAACACACCUCUGACCGAAUCCAUCCCUGCUCUUGACGAGCUCCGUAAGGCCGGAAAGACCAAGUACAUUGGACUUUCCGAGUGCUCUGCCGCCACCCUGCGCAAGGCUAACUCUAUUGCCAAGAUUGACGCCAUUCAAGCCGAGUACUCUGCUUUCGAGACCGUGCACGAGACUGACGGUCUGAUUGACACAGCCAAGGAGCUAGGUGUCGCAUAUGUCGCCUACAGCCCUCUAGGACACGGCUGGUUGGUCGAUGACUUCCAGUACAAUAGCCCAGACGACUUUGCCCCCGAUGACUUCCGCCGUAAUUCUCCCAAAUUCCAAGGCGAGAACUUCUACAAGAACCGCGCAAUCGUCGAAGAAGUCAAGAAGCUUGCUGCUAAGAAGGGCUGCAAUAUCAGUCAGAUCGCUCUCGCUUGGGUUGCUGCCCAGGGCAUGAUCCCCAUUCCUGGAACCACCAAGGCCGCUCGUCUUGAGAACAACUGGGCUUCUCGGGAUGUGGAUUUCUCUGAGGAGGAGAAGCAGGAAAUGCGCAGGAUUAUCGAUGCCGCUAAGCCUCAUGGCAACAGAUAUGGUCCUGUCCACCAGGCUAUGGUUGGACAUUAA